AUGCUCCGUCAGGUGAAACAGCAACUGCAGCAGCAGCACUUGCUGCAGCAGGAGGCACAGAAGUGCGGCAGUGCAGCUGACGGCUUUCGUGCACUAACCGCCCGUCAGCACGAAAGCCACAAGGAGAAACCGCCUCUCCUUUGUACAUCCUUGAGCCUCCUGCAGCAGCAGCAACUUAAGCUGAUAUUGGAACAACUGCAGCAGCUGCAGCAGCAGCAGCAACAGCAAGAGCGGAAGCUGAAACAGCUGAAGCGGACAGACCGACAAGCCUAG